AUGGACUGUCUGCUUCUUAUCAUUUGGACUCUACCUUUGCCGCUGGUCGGCUGUGCCCCAGUGCGGCUGCUUUCCACCCUGCUGACCUGGAACCUCAUCAAGACUCUGCACAUUUGCUGCACACAUGCCUCCCUGCACACAGUGUCAACCAGCUACUUCUCUUCUUCUCCCUCCAGCAGCCACGGUUUAAAUCAUGACUACGCCUUUGCCACGCCGGUGGAGGUGGACGCUCAGGGUCGAUACUUGAGCCAUGACGUGAGCCAGUGGGGUCAUCGCAGUAGGAGGUCCGUGUCACGGUCCUCAUCUUUGCACUACCGCCUCUCUGUCUUUGGCCGGGAUGUGCAUCUAGACCUGCAACCCUCCUCCGUUGUUGGCCCGGGUUUCACGGUGCAAACUCUGGACUCGGACGGUGUUGCCACAGUAACCACAGGCGACAGUUACCAUGACUGCCUCUAUCAGGGAUUUAUCCGGGACCUGUCGUCCUCUUCGGCAGCUAUUUCAACUUGCUCGGGGCUGUCAGGUUUGAUCCGUGUGUCCGAGCACGACUACUUGAUCUCACCUCUACCUCAACAUCUGGCCAAACGUCACAACUACAGUGCACCUGAUGGUCACCAGCCGCACGUCAUCUACAAACGCUCUGCUGAACACAUAGUCCGUGAACGAGCCGGCGACCCGUUGAGUUUCAUCCCGUCCAUGCAGCACCAGGAGCAACACCUGCCACACCUGGACCACCAUCAACACCAGGAUGAGCAACCUGACAGCACACAAAGGCAACACUUCUGUGGACGCCGCAAGCAAUACGCUCCCAAGCUUCCCACUGAGGAUCCUUUCCUGAUGCCAGAUGAGUUUGCCAUGCCUGACGAUGAAGGCCCAGGGAGACCGAAACGUUCCCCUAUUGAUACCAACCGUGUGGGAGGGCUGAAUGUGGAGACCCUGGUAGUGGCCGACAGGAAGAUGCUGGAGAAACAUGGCCGCGAGAACGUGACCACUUACGUCCUCACCGUCAUGAACAUGGUUUCCAGUCUUUUCAAAGACGGCACCAUCGGGACAGACAUCAACAUUGUGGUAGUUAGCUUGUUGCUACUGGAACAAGACCCGCUGGGCCUUACCAUCAAUCACCAUGCUGACCAGUCGCUCAACAGCUUCUGCCAAUGGCAGUCGGGCCUGGUCGGCAAGAGCGGUAAGCGGCACGACCACGCCGUUCUCCUCACUGGGCUGGACAUCUGCUCCUGGAAAAAUGAGCCCUGUGACACCCUGGGUUUUGCUCCAAUAAGUGGCAUGUGUAGCAAAUACAGGAGCUGCACCAUCAAUGAGGACACAGGACUGGGCUUGGCGUUCACCAUCGCUCAUGAGUCCGGUCACAAUUUCGGGAUGGUACAUGAUGGUGAGGGUAACCCCUGUCGUAAAACUGAAGGCAACAUCAUGUCCCCCACUCUUGCUGGCAACAAUGGGGUUUUCUCUUGGUCCACUUGCAGCCGGCAGUACCUCAGUCGCUUCCUAGGGACGACCCAGGCCUCCUGUCUGGUGGAUGAGCCCAAGCAGAUUGGUCAGUACAAAUAUCCCGAGAAGCUACCCGGGCAGCUAUAUGAUGCAGACACACAGUGCAAGUGGCAGUUUGGCUCCGGGGCUGAGUUGUGCAGCCUUGACUUUGUCAAGGACAUCUGCAAGUCGCUGUGGUGUCACCGCACGGGCCACCGAUGCGAGACCAAGUUCAUGCCUGCCGCCGAGGGUACGAGCUGCGGACCGGACAUGUGGUGUUGGCGUGGCCAAUGUGUAAAAUAUGGGGAGCAUGGCCCCAAAGCAAUCCAUGGUCAGUGGUCUCCUUGGUCCCAGUGGUCCGAAUGUUCCAGAACGUGUGGAGGUGGGGUCAUGCACAAAGAGCGCUCCUGCACCAGUCCAAGGCCACAGCAUAAUGGCAAAUUCUGCUAUGGCCCUAGCCGCCAAAACCAGCUGUGCAACACCCGCCCGUGCCCUCCCAACACUGUGGACUUCCGAAUGCAGCAGUGCGCAGAGUACAACAGCAAACCCUUCAGGGGUUGGUACUACAAGUGGAAGCCGUACACAAAAGUGGAUGAUGAAGACAUCUGUAAGCUGUACUGCACAGCCGAAGACUUUGACUUCUUCUUCGCCAUGUCCAGCAAGGUCAAAGAUGGCACCUCCUGCUCCGACCACAGGGGCGAUGUUUGCAUCGACGGCGUGUGCGAGACGGUUGGUUGUGAUCAGAUUUUAGGAUCCAAAGCUUCUCUGGAUGCGUGCGGUGUAUGCAAAGGAAGCAACUCUACAUGCAAAUUUUACAAAGGCAUGUACACGCUGCAGCACAGAGCUAAUGAGUAUUACUCCAUGGUAACCAUCCCUGCCGGUGCCCGGAGCAUUCGCAUUGAGGAGAUGGCGGUAUCGACCAGCUACCUGGCCGUGCGUUCCCUGAAGAGAAAGUACUACUUAACCGGUGACUGGACUGUGGAUUGGCCGGGCAGAUUCUACUUUGGAGGGGCCACGUUCAGCUACCAGCGGUCUUUCAGCAAACCUGAGAGCUUGUUUGCUGCCGGGCCCACCAAUGAAACGCUCGUGUUUGAAAUUCUCCUGCAAGGCAAGAACCCUGGCGUGGUUUGGGAGUACACACUACCUCGCACCGAAAGAAAGCCAGACUACAGCUGGGGUGUGGUGCGUUCCGACUGUUCCGCUCCCUGUGCCGGAGGUCGCAUCUCCACCAAGGCUAUUUGCAUGCAGGACCAGAAACUUCACGUCAACGCCACCAUGUGCAAUCCGCUUACUCGACCCACGCUGGGCUCGCACCUCUGCAAUACGCAGCCCUGCCCAGCAUAUUGGUGGACAGGAGAAUGGGCAGCAUGCAGUCGCUCAUGCGGCGGAGGCCAGCAGGCCAGGACAUUGCGCUGCAUGCGGAAAGUCACCUACCAACGGGAGGAGGCUGCGCCGCACUCCCUCUGCCCCGUAGUCUCACCGGCGCAACUCAGGCCUUGCAACACUCAGGCCUGCCCACCCGCGUGGAACUCGGGAGCUUGGUCGCAGUGUUCCAAGAGUUGCGGCCGUGGACUGAAGAAGCGAAGCGUGUUCUGCCAAAGCGGUGACCCCGGUGCACCGGCGGUGGUGCCCGACAGCAUGUGCAGACAGAACUACCGACCCAAAGCCCAGGAGAGCUGCGUCUUGCGCCGCUGCCCUAAGAAUGACAGACUGCAGUGGACUCACACUUCCUGGGGAGAGUGCUCCAGGUCAUGUGGACCUGGCCUCCAAAAGAGAGAACUCCGCUGCGGGGAGAAAGAUUUUCAGGGAGGUUUUGUGGAGUUUCCCGUGAGGAGGUGCAGGAACCUCGCCAAACCCUCUGCAGAUCUCCAGAAGGCCUGCGACAGAGGUCCAUGCCCCGAGCUGGCCCGAGUCUUGCCGGGCAGGAGCCUCCCCAGUGCUGUGGUGUCAAGCUGGUAUUCUUCUCCAUGGCAACAGUGUUCAGUGUCCUGCGGCGGUGGCGUCCAGACCCGCAGUGUACAAUGUCUGCUUCACGGUCGUCCGGUGGCCGGCUGCAUGCUUCAUCAGCGACCGGUUGCUUCGCAGGCCUGCAACACUCAGUUCUGCCCCCGCCCAGCCUCGCCGCCACAAAACCAAAACCGGGUCACAGCGGACGGGACCACGCUAAGAGGCGACCCGCCCUGCACGGACCGCUUCAGCUGGUGCCACCUGGUCCCCCAGCACGGCGUCUGCAGCCACAAGUUCUACGGGGAUCAGUGCUGCCGGUCCUGCACAGGGAGAAGGUUGUAG